GCUAUCAACUUGGCAGUUGCGCACAGUUGCACACGCCCGCAUUCGCCACAGAAUGUACAUCGCCAUCCGAGCCGUCAACUCGGGUUUUCAGCUGCGAACAGCUGUUCAUGUGCCCUUCAGGAAAGUUUGUGAGCGAUGGGCGUAAACCAGUAUUCGUAGUAAUUAUCUUGUAGUAUUUUAUCGCGUGUUUUCAACUUAUCGUUGACAGUGACUUCUUAUAAGCGUCUGAUCUGAAGCAAUGGCCAACAGGUAUCCUUUUUCCCAUCCUCAAACUCGACCAGGUAUGGCCCCAGCAAAUUCCACUGGAUUUCCCACAAUGAACAUGUGGCAGCACCAACCUCAGGCUCCUGGACUAAAUCGCCCUCAACAACUUCAAAUGGCAGAAGAACAAAGGCAGCGAGAAUACCUUAAACAGCAACAGAAAUUAAGGCUUAUGGCUGCUACAACAAAUAAGCCUGUAAAUGCAGAUAAACUGAUCGAAAAUUUAUUAGAAACUAAAGAUAUGUUUAGACCGAGAACUAAUCUUCCACCUACUGCAUCAGCCGCCAUGCCUAAUGUUCAGAUUCCUACACGUCAGAGUGUUCCAGCCCAAGUCUCUGUAUUGGGAACAGGAUCAGCAAGGUCACUGCACUACCCUCAGGCAUAUUCAGCUCUUCCCCAGCACCAUUCAACUGCCCCUCUUUCAAGCACUUCUGAUGCUGGAAGUGGACUUCCGAAGAGAGCACCUCAAGAAAAUAGAGUAGUAUUUCAGUUACCUGCCUGGCUGUCUUCCCAAUCCCCUAGUCUUCCUCCUUUGUAUCGUCAUGUUUGGACACUUGUGGGAAUGGACAAGGGCCUCGUGGAUACUGCGAAAAUUUUUCCCUUACUGCUUACAAGUGGUUUGCCCACAGAUGUGCUUGGUUAUAUAUGGGGUCUUGCCAAUCAAAAAAUUGCUGGGCAGCUGACAGAAGAUGAGCUCUACAUAGUUUUAGCUCUUGUUGGACUGGCGCAGAGUGGUUGUACAUUUAAUAAUCUCAACGUAUUGAAUCUUAUACCCCAAGCACCAAUUCCAAAUUUGAAUCUCGGUUCUUUUCAACCACCUGCCUCGAGAACAGAAGUGUCUGUGCCACCCCCUGUUGAAGACACCUCUCUAGUGCUUGGUCUUGGUAGUUCAGUUAGUAGUGAAUCUCCAACGUCAACUUCCUUUUCUACGUCACUACCUUCAGAAGAAUCAUUUGAUGACUUCAGUGAUUUUCAGAGUGCUGCGUGCCCACAGGAACCCAAGCCCCAAUCAGAUCCUGAGCCUACACAUGACAGUCCGAUACACCUGAAAGAGACCACUUCAUCCACUCCUUCUGUAGCAUUUCAAGGCAUUUCACCAUCGGCAGAUGGCCACAAGUUUCAAAGUAUCUUUUCCCUUGGUAGCAGUAGCAGAGGUAUUGGCAGUAGAUUAGCAAAUCACUCUUUGGGAGCACCUAAGCAAACCAAAAGUCGCCAUCACAAACAUCACCAUCAUCACCACCAUCACCACCACCAUCAUCGUGCUGUCCACGGGUCUUCGGCUCAACAAACUUCGCAGUUACAAGAAAAUGCUGAUCACGGGGGGCAGCAAAGUGCUCAGACAACAUUGCAAGAAGAGGAUGAAUUUUCAGAUUUUCAGCAAGCUAAAGAACCAGUGAUAACCCAGGCAUCAUCUGUAGGUACAGGUGAAAUUUUCCCCAAGUGUUCUGUGAAGACUCCACCCAAGAAACCAUACAUGUUGAAAGAAAGUGCGAUUCGUUCUGACAAAUUAGAAUCAAGUAACAUUUUUGAUAGUCCUGUACAUAUGAAAGUAAAUGUAGUGUGUAGUGAAAAGGAAACCAACACUACUGUCGAUUCUCGAAUGUCCCUUCAGUCAUCAGCUUUUAAUACUAAUGUUAGUCCAGUAAUAUCAACUGACUCACAGCCAGAGCUUCUCUCUGUUGAAGAAGACAAAUAUAGUGCCUUGCGGGCGUUGUCUAUAGCAGACCAAGAGCCAACAGAUUCCAAGGAGGUUGUUCCUGAUGACUUCGGCGAUUUCCUGUCUGCAGAACCAAGUUCUGCAGAAGAUUCGUUUGCAGCAUUAGCAGCAAGAGAUGUAAAACCUGCUGUAAAAGCUGGUGAAGUUGUUUUAGGAACAAAUUCAUUCUGGCCAUCUGCUAGUGUUGAAUCUCACAGUGCAGAAUUUCAGCUUGAUGAUUGGGGAACGUUUGAAAGCACUCCUGAAGUUAGGGUAUCAGCUGGUACAAGUACUUCUAAUGAUUUUUUGAGCACAACCCCAGUUUCAGGCAUAUCUUCUGCAUUGGAAGGGCUAGAUUUGAAGACUGCAGGCAUCGACUUCUCAUGGAAUGCUAUUAGUAAAGGGGGAAUCAAAGAAGUUGAGAAAGGUGCUGUUCUCUUGGAAACUGGUACUGCAUCUCCUGCUCCCAGCACCUCUGCGAGUGACACCUGGAUGGAGCCCAACGACGAAUUUUCCCAAAGCCAAAGUACUUUCAAAGGUUAUGGUUUAACAUUUCUUGGCAAAAUAUAUAACGACCACAACCAAGUAAUCGGCAACCCCAAAAAUGAUUUAUUUGUUUUAGAAAACGAACCACAAGCAGACAAUGGCUCCUUUGUUAUCAAGACAGAAGAGGAUGAUGAAUUUGGAGAGUUCAUUGGACCUGAGGCUUGGCCUGAUGACAGCAAGUUCACUGCAAAGGAGACUGCUUUCGAGGGUCAAGCUGUGUUGAGAGUGAAGGAUGCUACGUGUGAUACGCAAUCUGUUAGCAGCCUAGAGCUACCAGUCUUGAGUCGUCACGGAUCUCUUCCAAGUCUUGAUUUAAAGAUCUUUCCUGGUGGAGCAGACAAGGCUGGAUUGGUGCAACCAUGGGACUGUUCCCCACAGGGUAUAGACCUUCAAAUAAAAGAAUGGUGCCGAUGUUUGCAAAGCUGUCUACAAUUAUUGCAAGCUGCGUUAGCCACAUUUACCAGCAUCUCAAAUGAUUCCAUCAUGGAAGAGGUAGUGACUGCCCACGAAGGCAAAGAAUAUUUACUGAAUUUGCUGGAAGUAUAUGGCAUAUGUAGGAGGGUGAAACAAUCAUCAUCUGGAAUAACAUCGGAUUCAAAACUGGAUUCCGUACUAGCAGAAGUGGACAUGGUAUGGAGCAGCAUGGAACCAUAUUUUACCAAAGCUGAAUUGAAGGUUGCUGAUAUGGAAUUUGGUUGUAAUGCUGUGGAGGGAAGCCAAGAACAAUCUGCUUGUGGAAUUUGCCUUACUAGUGUGGGAAGUGAAAUUGUUCAGAAUAAUCAUAAUAAUAUAUAUCCACUUGAAUACGGCGGUCAAGUGUAUCACGCAGCAUGUGCAAAUCUUUGGGUCAAUUGUGUUGAUUGUAGAUUGCCAGCUCUUGCAUCUACUGGCUCAUUAUUGUAAACACAGUGCCAAAACCCACAUUACCAAUUGUUGUAUUAAUAUAGUAUUUAGAGCAAUACCUAAAUUGUACAUAGAUGGUAAUGAUGUUAAUAUAUGGAAUAUACAGGGCAUUGGACAAAAUGCCUGUUGACACUAUAUCGAAGCCAAUGUGUCUUGUGUUGUGUGAGUGUGGAAUGAGUAGGUGCUGUGUAGCUAGUCAUAUAAUUCCUCAUUUCAUAAACUUUCAUAGUGUGUUUAGAUUUUAAGAUUUUCAAUCUGGAAGAGAUCAUAGAGAUCUGAUCAUAAUAUCAUAUGCAUUAAAAAACACAGGGAGAAAGUGAAAUGAAAGAAGGCAUUAUAUAGACACUGAAAUAAUUAUAAUAAUUGGUUCUGCAAACUUGUGUACAUGGAAUGUUAUUAUGUUAUGUUACAUUGAGUUUUGGUCUGUUCAUUGUUGUAUCAUAGUUAUUUGAUUUUUUCAGUUACAUUUGAAGGGACCAAAAGUCUGUAAAGUCUAGCAGUAUUGUAGAUGCAAUAUAGCCAUUAUUUGUAUAAAUAUUAAUUAUUUAUAUUAUACAUUUGACUUACUGCAUUAAUACUGAAACUCAAUAUGUCAAUAUAAUGCUGUAAAAAACAGAGCAAUAUAAAUAUGUAAUUAUCAUGUUUUGCACAAACCUUGUAUAAGAUGUACUUCUGGAGGUGCAAGGCUGAACUUUGAAUGUGGAUAUAAAAUUUUAUUGUUACUGUACAUGACUAAAGUAAUGUUUGAGAAAACAUUUGUGAUGUAUUGUUUAAA